UAUCUAACGAGCCUCUUUUCAGGAAUCUCUCUUCUCUCCUCGUCGCCGAACUCCUUCUGACAGACCCUGUUCGCGCAGGUGCUAGCUCCGUCACAGCUUUCCACCCGUGUGCAUCUUUCUCCCUCCACUUCUUUCCCAUGUCCGCAUCGAUGAGGUGUCUGCUCGCCAUCAGCAUUGGCGGCUUUCUCUUCAGCUCAGUUCUUGGACAAGCCUCGAACGACAAGCCUGUAUCCUCUCGAAACAAUCCAACGACUCAGCAAGUCGUCACUCCUAGCCACACGCCCCUAUCGUCCUUGCCUGAUCGGCCCCAGAGCGCGGCUCGAUUGUUGGUACAGCUACCGAGCGUUUCUUGCGAGGACCGCAGCCACCAGGCCUUCCACGUGAAUGGUCAGGAGCAGAGCGAUUCGCUCGAAACGACCACGCAUGACCUCCAUCUUCUUGGAAAGACUCCAACACGACAGGUGAGAAGCCCUCUUGGCUGCAAUGACGACACCAUCACGACAUACAUUCGCUCCAAUGGCCGGGAAAAGACAUGGACAAAGGUUUUCCGCCCUGCAGUAGAUCGCAGCAGCUCGCACACAGUCUACGGCCUAAUCAACGGAUUGCCUUCAAGCCCACAUGCCCAUAACGGAGCUGACGAUGCGUACGAAGACAAGAGGCUCAGGAAAAGAGGCUGGAUUGAGGAUACAGCUGCUCUGAUUUAGCAAAUCAAAGCCAACGAAGAAGACUUAGCAAAAUUGACAAGCGCUAUUGGUGCUAUCCAUUCUGCAGAACGUUCAAGGAAAGCGCA